AUUAUCGUGCAUGCGCCAUCGCAGAAACUCAACGACCCACCACACGAGGCACGAUGUAUCGCGUUGAACUUCUUCCCGGGUCCUCAACCCACGUCACUCCGGGCUGGACAUACGUCCCGGAUCGAGGUUUCGACCCCGCCAAAGCAGCCAUCACGCCCACCAUCGGUCGCAAACGCGGCAUCCGGGACCCAGGCCGGACAGAUCUAUCAUCCCGACAGACCAACGCGAUCAUCCGACAUCUGGCCGAACUUGACCGCGAGAACCAUCGCGAUGUACAGAUCCAGGUACCCGUGAGACAGAAAGAGCCCGCUGCCCCACGAGGAACCCGCACGAAAGUAACCUCCAACGUCCGCCGCAUCCUCCAAUCCCAAAAGAGCUUCCGCAACUACCUCGACGACGAAGAAGCCGCUCAAGCCAGCACCGCCGCCACGCCAGGAAACACCAGCGCAACAAACCCCUCCUCCUCCUUAGCAGCAGCGGCAGCAGCCGGUGGCGGUAGUGCUACAGGACACAGAAGCUCGAUCCACCGAAUCACGAAACCCAGCACAGCAGCAACGACCCCGUCCUCCCUCCGCCGCAGCUCCACCCCGGUCUCCUCUCGAGGCGACCACCACCACCGCAGCACGAAGAAACAACCCUCCAUACCCCCUUCCCAACCACAACCGCAACCACAACCCCCAUCCUCCCGCGCCUCAACCCACCCAGCAACAACCCCCGUCCCCGUCCCCGUCCCCGCCCCCGAAACCACCACCGGUUCCCCGGCUACCACAACCGACCACCCCACCCCGAAGCCAGAAGAAGAAGCCCCCGAAGAACCAAACACCACAACGCUCAUCCGCUCCGAACACGACUCCAACCCGCUCCUCCGCUCGUAUCUCCCCGCCGCCCCCUCGGAGCGCAUCAUGCAGGCCCUGCUGGCCGAGCCGCCGUUGACGUACCACGCGGCCCGCGCGGGCUCGCCGAUCGCGCCCCGCCGCUCGCAGCGGCACUUCUGCUGCUUGUGCGGGUACUGGGGCAAGAUCCGGUGCAAGAAUUGCCACGCCCGGACGUGCGGGCUGGCGUGUUAUAAGGUGCAUGAGGAUUCGAGGUGUGGGGCUUUCUUUUGA